UUUUGUUUACAGAUUCACUCAAACAUGGCCACCCUAGCAACCACUCAUUGCUCGGAAGAGGGAGACUCUCUUGUCCAGCAUCCCUGCACAUCAUCCCCGGUCAGCAGUGAUCAUGUGGACGACAGACUGGCCAGACAGAAAGCUGCACAGUUUCUCAGGGAGGCCGAGAAGAACAGGAGGCAGAUAGAAAAGUUGGAGAAAGAGAGGACACUGAGUGUUCAUUGCAGAAAGAAUGGCUGGACAGAUGUGACUGGAGAACUGGAAGAGCAUGAGAAAGGGCUGGAGGAAGAAAGAAAUACAGAAAAGAUGAAUCUUCAAAAGCAGCUCGUGAGGAUUCAUAAUGGUGUACGGAAAUUUCAGAGGCAGCUGAUAGACGUGAAGCCAACUCCUGAGUUGAUUGAAAGACUGAAAGAAAUAAUGUCAGAGGUGGAAAUCUCAAUUAACACCCUAAAGGAGGAUCAGCGGUCAUGCUUUGAGGAACUUCUGAAGGAGGAGAGGGCAUGCAGACAGGAGAUCACUGCUUAUGAGAAGAAGAUUGAAAACUGGAACCUCGCUGUCAAAUCCGACCCAAAACUACCCACAGCUCCCACUGUCAAGACCAAACCUCUGGACAGAGACCUCCCUGCAGAGGUCAGAGCACUGGAGGCUUUCCUGCAAAAGACGGGAGGCCUUUAUGGUGGCUGGGACCAAUAUGACCACCAAACCUUCCUUAAAGUCUGGACAAAGCACAGUGGGCAAUCAUCUUACAGGAAGGAAGCCAAACUGUAUUUGCCUGGUAAAACACUGGAGGAUAUAGAGCAACAUGAGGACUGGCAUCAGGAGCUGAUUUACCUACAAGAUAGAAAGAGAGAGGCUAUUCAGCGAUGGAAAGCCAGCAAGCACCAGGAACGCCAGAUCAGGAUACAGAGUCAGGAGGAUGCGGAGGAGGCAGGAAAGAGGGAGAAGGAGGCCAAGAGCCAGGCCCGCCAACACAGGACUGAGGAGGAGAAGAGGGAGGCGGCCCGGCGAUUAGAGGAGUGGAGGGAGGAGAAGAGAAGAAUGGAGGAACAGGAAAAGGAGCAGAGACUGGCUGAGGAGAUACAAAAGAGGAGAUGGGAAAAGGAAGAGCGUCGCCGCCAGCUGGAAGUGAAGCUGACCAUUGAGGAGCAGCUACGACUGCGGAGAGAGCAGGAGGAGGAGGAAAGGAGGAGAAGGAUAGAGGAGGAAGAGAGGGAGAUGGAGGAAAGGAGAAAGGAGGCAGCAAAGGGCAUCAAACGCUUUAAUGAAAGGGAUCUUCACAAGGUGGAGGCAAAGCUUCAGGAGAAACAGCUGAGGGAAAAAGAGGAAGAUGAAAAACAGAGGAGAAUUGCUGCAAAGUUAAAGGAGAAGGGGGAUGGUCACAUCAGUAGAGACCCCUCCAGGCUUACACGUCCCACUAAGGGAUGGGAGGAGCGAAUGAAACACAUUGGACCUUCAGGAGGAGGGCCACUGCUACAGAUGUUUCACAGAGCUGUUCCCACUUGGAGACAAGGCCUGUGAUGAGCAACAGUGGAAGCCAACUAAACAGUCCUGACAUGAUUAAAAUUAAAAUGUACACAAUGGGAGCUCAACCAGAUUUUAUUUGACUACUGUGUGCUGCUGUCUGAGGUUUUGUACAAUCCAUGGAUUAAAUUAAAGUUUUAUGAAAUUGUUAUUUUGAAUAAUAAAAAACUCAAUCAUUACAUUA